AUGAUGGCUGUGGAAAACAAGACAAUUCUCCGUGAUGACGACGUAACGAAUCAGAGACGACACUUGGACGACGGCGUCGGUGGCGCAUCGAGUCCAGACGACGACGCUAAACAGCAGCAGCAGCAGCAGCAGCCGCCGCCGCCACCACUUACACGAGAUGCGCGCCCAGAGUCGCCGGACCGCCAGCUCGACCCGGAGCAGAGCGACGAUGCGUACGACGUGUACAAGUCGCCGGCGCCAGACGGCGGGCUGACGGCGUGGCUGGCGCUGCUGAGCUCGUGGUGCAUGCUGUUCUGCACCUUUGGCAUGAUAAACUGCAUUGGCACUUUUCAGGGCUACUACCAAGAAGUCUAUCUCCGGGAGUACUCGCCCAGCGUCGUGUCCUGGAUCCCGUCGUUGCAGAUAUUCAUUGCCUACGCCACGAACCCAUUCACAGGCCGCCUCUACGACGUCUACGGCCCGCGCGUCCUCGUCAUGGUCGGCACCGUCCUCGAGGUCCUCGGGCUCAUGACCACGUCCCUCGCGACGCGGUACUACCAGAUCCUCCUCGCCCAGGGCCUGUGCACCUCCCUCGGCAUGUCGGCGCUCUACGUGCCCGCGACCGCCCUCGUCGCCAGCUGGUUCGACCGCCGGCGCGGGCUCGCCUACGGCCUCGCCACCAGCGGCUCCUCGUUUGGCGGCGUCGUGCUGCCCGUGCUCAUCGCGCGGCUCGUCCCCCGCGUCGGCUUCCCCUGGGCGCUGCGCUGCGCCGCCUUUCUCAUCCUCGCGCUGCUCCUCGUCGCCAACGCCACCGUCAGGUCGCGCCUGCCGCCGAGCCCGAGGCCCCUGUCCCGGCGCGUCCUCGCGGCGCCGUUUCUCGACGCCAAGCUCAUGCUCGUCAACGUCGGCUUCCUACUCAUGACGCUCGGCGUCUUCAUCCCCAUCAACUACAUGGUCGUCGAGGCGCGGCGGCAGCACGGCAUGGCCGAGGCGCUGAGCCACUACCUCGUCGCGACGAUGAACGCGGGCAGUCUCGUGGGCCGCGUCGGCGCCGGGCUCGUCGCCGACUGGGUCGGCGCGUACAACACCUUUGUCGCCGUGUCGGCGCUCGCGGGUGUGCUGGUGCUGGCGCUGUACAUUCCGGCGGCUAGCGGCGCCGCCGUCCUCGCCUUUUCGGUGCUGUUUGGGUGCACGAGUGGCGCGUACAUUGCGCUGCUGGCGCCGCUGGUGGUCAAGAUCUCGCCGCUCGAGGAAUCGGGGUACCGCAUCGGCCUGCUGUUUGCGCUGUCGUCCGUCAGCGGCCUCGUGACGAGCCCGAUCGGCGGCGCUAUACUGGAGCGCUGGGGCGGCGACUACACGGGCAUGAAGAUUUACUCGGGCAUCAUGAUGCUGAGCGGCGCGGCGCUGGUGUUUGUCUCACGCAUGAUGGCGACCAAAUGGAAGAUGAAUGCUAUUUUCUAA